AUGACAAGUAUAUUAAUAAUUUACUGAUAAAUUGGAAAUAUUGCAAGGGGUAGUAACAGUAUGAAAUAAAAAAGAAAUUUUUCGCAAAUAUUCUGCGAAAAUCCUUUAACUAUAAUUGCACUAAUACUAGUCAGUAAAUAUAUCACCAAAAUUUAAAUAUGGUUGUUGGAGCGUUCCCGGCCGCAAAACUUGGUGUUUUAGCUAUAAAACAAAUAAGUAAACCGCUAGCAAAUAUUAUUAAAGAUAGAGCGAAAAAGACACCAUUUUUUAGCAAAUAUGUGUGCAUGCCACCGGCCCAAUUUUACAACUGGGUCGAAGUCAAGACUAAGAUGUGGGCUAUGAAUUUAGGUAAACCAGUUAAGGUUCCACAAUUAACUGAAGCUAUGGCUAUAGAAUUGGGAGCUAAUUUAUUAGGAGAAUUCAUAAUAUUUACUAUAGGUGCCGGUUUACUUAUUUUUGAAUACAUGAGACAAAGUAGCAAAGAAGCAAAAAAAGAAGAACAAACUCUAGAAGAAAAAAGACUUCUUAAACAAACUUUGUCUGAGUUAGCAUUUAAAAUAGAAAGGCAAGAUGCACAAAUAAGAGAAUUAAACCGUAGCUUAGCAGCUCUUGAUUCAAGAGUGUUGUUCAGAUGGAAAUCCAUACAAUCAGAAAAGGGAAUUCAUAAAAACAAAAAUUUGUUAGAAUCAACUGUGGAAGAUGAUGAAUACCAGAACAAUGCUGAAAUUAAAUCGAAAAACACAUUUAAGUCUCAUACUGGUAAUUACGAUCCUAAAUAUGGUUAUUUAUAUAGAGCAUUAAAUUUUAUUGAAACUGAAAUAUACAGCGACACCAGCCAAGAAUCACGUAACCGCAUUAAAAACCGAUGAGUAAUCUUGAAAUUCACAUCAGUCGGGAAAGUCAUUUCAAAAAAUCGUCUUGGGAAUCUUACAUAGUGAAUUAAAUAGAAGAUUAGUGUGUAACUUUAGCGAAUAAAAGUUGUCUUUUUUAAAUUUAUUAUUACACACAUUUGUGCUUUAGUUAACUUUAUAAUAUUUAACAUUAAGUUUUUUUUUAUUUUAAGAGAAAUUGUUGCAAAUUGAAAUAAUAUAAGGACGUACUCGAAAAUUAAUAGUUUAUGCAAUAACUACAAAUUCUAAAUUAUUUUAAAUUAAGUUUUGGUUUUAGAAAUUCAUUCUUUCAAGUUACACGUACUUAAUACCUAAAAAAUGCGGUUCCUCUCCCGGUUUUUGUCUAAAUAACCGAUAAGAAAUGGUUGGCAUAGUAGGAAUUUAUUAUAUAUAUUUUGUACCAAUUAUUGUUUAAGGGCUUGAUAAUAUUGUUAACUAUAGUUCUUUUGCAUUCGCAUUAUACUAAUUUAAAAAGCUUAAAACAGAAAAUUUGAAAACCGAAAUCUUCAUAUUUUUUAAUGUUUAAAAGUAAAACAACACAA